AUUAAAAUCGGAAAUACUACUAGGCAACAGAAAUUCCAAAUUGUUAUUGAAUUGUGAGUUGAGUAAAUGAGGUAGAAACAGUAAGCAUUCGGCCUUUGAUUACUUUAUGAAUAUAUUACAACUUACACUGUAAGGAUGUGUGAAGGAGUGAUAUCAAUCACACAUGUAGCAUUGACGUCGCGAUUCCAAAUUGUAUUACAGUUUUAUACUGCAAUACAGCAUGUACUCUUCGCUUUGACGUCGCUGUCGUUACAUUCUCCAAAUGUCGAAUGCUUGCAUUUAUUACAGCUAGUCAUAAUAUUCAUUGAUGAAGCAUACUUCCACCUUUUCAUUUUCACCAUCAAUAGGUACUUUUGCCUUCUUGUUCGGACACAGAUUGCUUGUAGGCCAUGUAUGUGUGGCUUGCUUACAGGACGGACACGUAACCAUUUUCGUUGUUUUAUUAUCAGCUUUGAAUUCUUCGAGAGCUUCUUUUUUUACACCUUUUUUAACAACGCUGGCUUAGACGAAGAAGCACUCAAAGAAUCAUUGUAUGCCAUUGGUAUUAGUGUGUGGGUAACUGGAGCAACGUAG